CAAAGAGCUUGUCAAAUUACAAAGUUCUUGGUAGCAGUUUGAAGGCACGCAGAUAAUAUAAAGCUUGGCCCCUUGACGAUUUCCUUCAGUUAACACACCGUUUAAAGAUUUCCCAAGGACUCUGCUAAGUAGGAAGAAAUACUUUUGAUGGCAAGAGGAGUUCCUUCAGCGACCUGUGAGUCAAAAAUGUAGGGGAGGAGAGCAAAAAGUGGGACUGGCUGAUGAUCGAUUGCCACAGCUGCAUCUACGGAAGACGAAGCAGAUCCUCGGUGCCUGUUGGCCACAAAACUCUUUCGCCAAAAUGGAUUUUUGCAGGAUUAUAUUGCUGCUGAUGCAUUGCAGAAAUGUAAUUGCUGCUUCAGGUUCCUUCUGGCAUAUCUCAGACCUUCAUCUUGACCCACAGUACCAAAAGUCCUCAGAUCCUUUGAAGGUGUGCCCAUCUGCUGGCACUCAGCCAGUGAUCAGCGCAGGAACUUGGGGUGAUUACUUGUGUGAUGCUCCCUGGAUUCUUAUCAACUCUUCUGUUUAUGCCAUGAAGAAGAUCCUUCCCGAUCCAGACUUCAUUCUUUGGACUGGAGAUGAUACUCCUCAUGUGCCAGAUGAGAAGCUGGGGGAUGAAACAGUGUUGGAAAUAAUAGAAAAGCUAACUAACCUGAUCAGAGAUGUCUUUCCAGAUACUCAGGUCUAUCCAGCAAUGGGCAACCAUGACUUUCACCCCAAAAAUCAGCUUCCCACUGAGGAGAACAGGAUCUACAAUGUAACAGCAGAACUAUGGCGCCCCUGGCUUGGUGAGCCCUCCAUACAGACAUUCAGAACAGGUGCUUUCUACAGUCAAUUGCUGCCUAGUCCCGGACCAGCAAGGCGAAUAAUUGUCCUCAACACAAAUCUGUACUAUGAAAAUAAUAAUCGGUCCAUCGGUCUGGAGGAUCCAGGAGGCCAAUUCCAGUGGCUGCAAACUCUGUUGACCAAGGCAUCAGAAACAGGAGAAAAGGUCUAUAUUACUGGGCACGUUCCUCCUGGGUUCUUUGAAAAGAAACGAGGCAAACCCUGGUUCCGAAAACCCUUUAACCAAAAAUAUACAGAAAUCAUUCAGAAGCAUCAUGCCGUGAUUGCAGCACAAUUUUUUGGGCAUCACCAUACAGAUAGCUUUAGAAUGUUUUACGAUAACGCAGGGUCCCCGAUCAGUGUCAUGUUUUUAGCUCCAGCAGUUACACCUUGGAAGACAACCUUACCAGGUGUGCACAAUGGAGCCAACAACCCUGGUGUCCGCGUUUUUAAAUACGACCGUGACACUCUGCUGGUGAAGGAUAUAGUAACUUACUACUUAAAUCUCACCCAUGCUAACAUGGGAGCUCCAGAGUGGAAGAAAGAGUACAGCCUGACAGAGGCAUACCAGAUCUCCGAUGGUUCUGUUCGCUCCAUGCAUCUGCUCCUGGAGAAACUUAUGAAGGAUCAAGGCCACUUCCAGAAGUACUACCAGUAUAAUUCAGUGCAAUACGAUCGCUCAUUCUGUGAUGACAACUGCCAGACAGACCACAUCUGUGCUAUCAGAGAAGUUGACUUUGCAGGAUACAGUCAGUGUGUUAGAGCCAGAAGUGCUGCAGUCGCAACCCCAGUUCUGGACAUUCUCUUAUUUUGCCCCACAAUGGGUCUCAUUACUUUAGGCCUCUGGGGCACCUUAAGCAAGCUGGGCCACAAAUAGGGGCAUAUGGAUUCCACAGGAGCAAAGAAAAAACAUAGAAUGUAGUGACAAUCACAGGUGCCAGCAUCCUAAGAAUUUAGACCAUCCAUUUCUGAUGAAUUUCUGAACUGCAAACUCAGCUGAAGAUCAUCAUCAGAACAAAGAAACAAAGCUAUUAAUUAUUUUGCCUGCCUUAUGAUGGUGCAAGGUCUUCUAGGUAAAAAAGCAAUUCUCAAGUGGCAAAGCCUCUCUUUCAAGAGCAUCAUUCCUAUGACUGCAAGGAUUAGGGAUUGGGGUAUUGUUCUGCAGUGGUUCUACUUCUUCAUAAAUGGGCACUUCCAACUGAUGUUGGUGAAAGAGGAGAGGUUCCUGAUGGACUGCCCCAGGCCUUGGACUCCUCCUCUUUAGCAUCCACAUGAAAUUGCUGGGAGAGGUCAUCCAUCAGUUUGGGGUGACACAUCAUCAAUAAGCUGCUGAUACCAAUUUUGUAUCUCCACUCCAGGCUGAACAGAUGACAUUGUGGAAUUCUUGACUUGAUACCUGAAGGCUAUAAGGGACUGGAUUGGGUGGAACAGGCUCAAUUCAAAACCUAAUAGAGUUACUCUCUGUGCAGAUGUCUUCAGGUUCUUAGAAAGUUCCAUCUAUUGCUCUUUGGAGUGGCACUUUCCUCUGAAGGAGUAGACUUGUGGCUCCUGCUAGAACAAGUGAAGGCCAUGGCCAGAAUAGUUAGCUUCAGCUGGUCUACCUUGCCAGUUGUGACCUUUCCUGGGCCAGGAGGCUCUAAAGACUGACUCGUGCACUCAUCUGUCAGGAUUUUCUUUCUCAUGGGAAA